AGCUUAUGGCUUCCAUCCUUUGGGUUUGCAGAGGGCAUUUUCUUCCUUCUCUUACCCCUUUGGAUCACCAAAAUUACCAUUCAACCCACCGAUGGCAACGUAAUUCAUUUUCGAUCAAAAAAUUGAAAAUUGCCUGUGAAUUCGAUCGUCUCGCGAAGGGAAAUGCUUUGUCUUUGAGGCUCUAGGGUUCCUGGGUUUCUGGGAUUGAAUUUUUGUUUUUGUUGAAAUUGGGGGAGGACGGGUGAGGGAACCUGGGGAAUUGGGAGCUUGAAAGCGACGUCCUUGAGGGUGGGGAUAUGGAUUGUAGGGUGUGCGUGGCGGCCGGCGAUUUUCUGGUCCGUCUCGGCGGAGGGGUCGGCCAGAUCGGCGGGUUCAGCCAUGAGAGCGAGCAUGACUUGGCAAUGAUGGUCAGCGAUUUUUUGGAGAACGGUAGCGUUGGGGCCGAGUCAUGCUGCAGCAGCGAUAGCGAUUCGGGUUUCUCUGAUCUCGCUUUUCUCCCUGAGAAAAUUUCGUUUUAUAAGCAUUCAAUGGAUCGGUAUGAGAGUGACUUGCUGUCAAUGGUUCACUCUUUUAUGUUAUCCAUCAAUGAGACGGACCUUCACUUUGUCAAUUCAGGCCCAUGUAACACCAGCUGCAUCAGGUUUUGUCUGGUGAAGCGGCUGAGACUUUCAGGUUACGAUGCUGCUGUGUGUUCAUCCCGGUGGCAAGGUUGCGGCAAGGUCCCUGGAGGGGAUCAUGAAUAUAUUGAUGUGGUGAAUUACAAGGACAAGGGGAGUACUGAGCGAUUGAUAAUUGAUAUUGACUUUCGUAGCCAUUUUGAAAUAGCUAGAGCUGUUGAAUCGUAUGAUAGAAUAUUGAGUUCUCUUCCGGUCAUCUAUGUGGGCUCCUUGACCAAGUUAAAGCAGUUUCUUCAAGUUAUGGUUGAAGCUGCUAGAUCUUCUCUCAAGCAGAACUCAAUGCCUCUUCCCCCAUGGAGAUCCCUCGAUUAUUUAGAAGCAAAAUGGCAAUCUUCCUAUCAGAGACAGUUCAAUCCAGACGGAGAGAGUAUUAAAAACGGCAUUUCUUCUGACCAUAAGCAGUGCAGUGAACAUCUGAAGAGGCUGCAACAUGCCCUCCAAUUAGAAGUUGAAGCAGAGCGAUUACUGAAACCAAUAAACAGUGAUAAUAACUGGAGGCUGAAGCCCGGCAGGCGAAGGCACUCUUCAUUAAGGAUUCUUUGAGAUUACAGGGUCUGGCCUGGGAUUUGGGAGUUCAUUUUUUGGUGAGAGAUCAAUUGUAUUGCGGCCUUCUGUUACAGAAUUUUUUUCCCUGAUAAUAAAUAAUCGUGAACCAGAAAAAAGGGCUGGUUUCUGUAGCUUACAUAUAUAGCAAUAACAAUAUACUACGGGCUUCUUUCCAUUUUUUGUUCACCGGCACCCAGCGAGGAGAUGAGGUUCUUGGAGCUGCUUCUGGUCCUCUCCACCAUGGCAGUGGGACCUGUUGGUACUUGCUUGACUCUAUGAUGCAUCGAAUAGGUUGUUUUUGUUGUUUUGAUGGUAUAAGAUUGAAUGUAUUGCGUGCCCCUCAUUUGUGGGGAUAAGGAAUUUUUGUUCGUUGUUUUUACUUUUUACUUUCAAUAUUCUUUACCUCGUUAAAUGUUGGAUGAUAUUAAAAUUUUGCUCUUCAAUAAUGUGUUCUUUUUUCUGAUGCA